CCCGAGUUCUCCUCCCUCCUCCGGAGCUGAGUCUGAGAGUAAUCGAGGACGCUGUGGGGGACUGUGUGGUGAAUAAACCCUCGGAGUGGAGCUGGGAGCGAUUUUGAGGUGAUUCCGGACAAUUUUGGGUGGUUUUGGGAUGCUCAUCAGUCUUGGAGGACCCGAAACCACUGAGAUGACGCAGAGCGGCCGCCUGAGGGGGGCGGUGCCACCGAGUUCCGCCCAGAGCGCCUCCCGGCGGGCACUUCCUGUCACGUGAGGAGAACGCCGCGCUGCCAUUGGUGGAGGGAACCGGAAACGGGCGGAGAAGAGGCGGAAGUGGCGGCGCGGGCGGCAUGGCGGGGUUCGGCGUGGCCAACGAGCGGCUGCGGGCGCUGGAGGAGCUGGAGCGCGAAAUCGGCGCCUCCCUGCAGAGCGCGGGCUCGGUGAUCCUGGAGCUGUCCAAGGAGAAGCCCCAGGAGCGACACCUGGACCGCCAGGCCGCCCAGUUCGGCGCCGCCGUGGCCAAGGUGGAGGCCGAGCUCUCGGCCCAGAUCCGCUACCUGACACAGGUGGCCACGGGGCAGCCCCACGAGGGCUCGAGCUACGCGGCGCGCAAGAGCUGCCAGCUGGCCCUGAACCGCCUCGACUACGCCCGGCGGCGCCUGGCCGAGCUGGCCCGCGCCUGCGAGCUCAUGCUGGAGCAGUGACGCACCUGGGGACACCUGGGGACACCUGGGGACAGCGUGGGACACCUGGGGACAGCGUGGGACAUA